AUGGAACAGCAGACGCAGGAGCGGAGGGCUGGGGCGAAGCCGUCGCGGCAGCGGCUGUCUUGUUUGCAGGCUCGGGAGGCGGGGGGCCCCACAGCAGUAGUUGCUGCUGCAGCAGCAGCAGCAAAGGCAGCAACAGCAGCAGCAGCAGCAGCCGUUGCGCGCGCUGCAGCAGCAGCAGCAGUAGCAACUGCCGCCUCAGCAGCGGCGGCGAACUCCGCCCGCUCAGCGGGGGAGGACGCGUCUUGCUGCCCCUCUCCGUCUGCUGCAGCAGCAGCAGCAACAGCAGCAGCAGCAACAGCAGCAGCAGCAGCAGCAGCAGCAAGGCCCCGCAAUGGCCCUGAGGGCCCCUGCAGGGCCUCUUUCAGUGACAGGCGCAAACUGCAGCGGCGCGCCCUGUGUGAAGCAGCAGAAGCAGCAAAGCUAGAGCGAGACCGAAGCAAAGAGGAAGCAGCAGCAGCAGCAGCUGCUGCUGCUGCUGCAGCAGAAGCUGCUGCAGCAGCAAGCAGCAGCGCAGACGCGAGCGCGCAGACGCAAAGAACAGUCACUGAGACAGCCGCCCAACCAGCAGCUGAAGCAGCAGCAGCAGCAGCAGCAGCAGCAGCGAGUACGCCGCCAGCAGCAGCAGCAGCGCCGGUCGCAGCAGCAGCGUCGUCCUCAGCAUCCUCCCCCGCAUCUCCAGCAGCAGCAGCAGCAGCAGCAGCAGCAGCAGCAGCAGCAGCAGGAUCGGAAUGUGUUAAAGCCAGCAGCAACAACGACGACGACAGCGCAGGCGAGCAGCAGCAGCAGCAGCAGCAGCAGCAGCGGGAGCAGCAGCGGGAGCAGCAGGAGCAGCAGCGGCAGCAAGCGUCGCAGCAGCAGCAGCGCGUCCGCGAGCCUGCGCCGCAGCCGCGCCAGCAGCAGCAGCAGCAGCAGCA